GUCGUCUGCACGGAGGUCGACUUUAAAAUGUACUAAAUUUGUAACACAGGAGGAGUCAUGUAUCAGUUCUACCGUGACGAUUAAUUUCACUCCAUAGGUGGACGUUUCGAAGACAAAAUGGAGGAUGGGAAUUUACUCCGCUUCAGGUUGUACAAGGUCCUGCAUGGGCCAGUACAGCAGUCAUUUGUAUACACAUUCCAUCAGACAUAUACGCAAGAUACAGAUGUGUACAGCUAUGUGGUCGGACAAGGCUCAAGUGGCUACUUCAACGACAUCGAACUGGCCUCUCUUCAGCUGGAGAAACGGCCCUCUCGCCGAAGUCUUCCCUUGCUCUUCAAAGUUCUCAAGACCUGCUGUACGCCGUCUCUUGCGGCAACGACCAGCCCCCGGUGGAAGAACAACCGUAUUUCGGCUCAUGACCUCGACUCAGAAAGUUUAGAAUCCCUUCUUGCAUCCCUGAUGAGCAUGUACGAGGAUCUCAGCACAGUGAGGGAACCCAUCGAUGAGAAGGAUUAUAAUUACAAGAUCACCUUUGCUAAGAACUGCCUGGAGAAAUUAAUUGAGAUGGCCGGAAAGUUCGAUGUCACGGGAAGGUGGAGGGAAAGUCUUGAGAGAAUAAUGAGCAACUUUGAAGAUAUUACUUCAGGACAGAGGACAAAAGCUGCUCCGCAUGAAGAAAUAAAUGAGGAUAUCAAAGUUGAACUGGAAAUGCAGUAUCAGUGUUGCCAGCCACCAGUGCUGAAUCCUCAGAAACUGCACAUAACUCAAGCAACCAAGUUACCUAGCAAACGUAAUAGAAAAACUUGCAGUCCAAUGCUUGGGGAGAAGGUAGCUGUGAAGGACAUCCUAGCCCCAUUUAAUAAGGAACCUGCAGAAGGAGAAAUCACGAGAGUGUGUCUUGUAAGAUCUAGACCAGGUCUCGGAAGAUCAAGUUUAGCAGAGCUCAUGGCAUCUUCUUGGAAGCACAAGGACAACCGAAUUUCCCACGUUAGUAGAUAUGAGGCAGUGAUAAUCUUAUCAGCUGCAUUAGGAAAUGUCACUAACAAAGAUAUUAUGGAGAUAGCCCUUCCUUUGUGUGCAUUAACACAUGGAACAGCAGCAAUUCACACAUGGUUAAAGAAGGCAUCUGUAUUACUAAUUAUUGAUGAUGCAGAAGAGCUGGAUUCAAAGCACUUAGAUGAGCUGAAAGGUGUCAUUGAGGAAGCAUGUAGUAUGAAUGUUGUAAUGCUGAGUGUACCUGAAGGCUAUGAUAGAAUUCAAGAAUGCUGGAGUAGUUACAUCUUGUACAAGUUGCAGUUAAAUGGUUAUGACCGUGAGGAGAUUGUAAACCUUGCAGAGGAAUUACUCCACCAUAGGUCUAGAUCAGGUGAUGUGAAAGAGUUUAAGGCAUUUCUAAUGAAGAACAUGUGUAGGUUGUCACUUAUUCUCAAACACCCUACAACAUUGGUGCAGGUGUGUGAAGCAUGGAUGACCACCCCGUCCUUGUUUGAUGAUGUAUCUACAGUCACAGAUCUAUUAUGGAUGCUCACCAUAAGGACAUUUAAGAAAAUAAUAGAAACUAGUUUUCAGAAUGAUCAAAAAGAAACCAAGGAACACCAGUGGCUCAUGGCUGUGGGUUGCAUUGCUCUUUCAGCAUUUAAGGAAAAUAAAAGAUUAGAAGGUGAAUAUAUGAUUCAAGUGCAGGAAGAGACAUCAAAGAUUUACCCAGCAGAUGUGAACCAGUUUCUCAUUAAGGGCCUCUUUGUGCAAAGAAAUCGUCAUGUAAAUAAUCACAAAGAUGAAUUGAGCUCUGUGCAUACUCUCCAGCAAGAGUUUUUUGCAGCAUGGUAUGUUGCUCACAUGAUACUGGAAGGGAAGAAGUAUCGUAGCCUUACUGGAGAUGUGCAGUGCUUGUAUCAACUGUCUCUCUUCAUUGGGGGUCACAUGUCAAGAAUAAAUAAGGGUAAAAGAGUUAUGUCUGAGCUCGAUGACAGGAGACUGAUUUGCGCAAUAGUGAACCACAGUGAGGAUAGCUUUGAAAACCUGACCUUCAACCUUGAACUUGUUACAGAGAUAAAGGCAGCGCCAAAGUUAGUGGAGUAUAUAGUGGAGGUUUCAGAAUAUCCAGAGGAAUGGAAUGUAUGUGCUGCAGAUAUUCAGCUCAUUCCACUGGAAACCCUUUUGUUGAAUGUUGCACCCAUUAGAAUAUUUCUGAAUGUAGAAAAAUUAAAACCAUUUUCUGAACUUCAAAAGGUUCUGGCCUUUCUUUGCCGUGUUGACAUAUUUGUUUGGCUGGAUAGUAGCUGUCAGUUUAAGUAUGGCGAAAAAGGUAGUAUGGACCGCAUUGUCAAGGCAUUUUUCAAAGACACUGUUAUGACCAAGAUUGACCUGAUAUCAGGUGUCCUAUCUAAUGAAGUUCUGCAGAGUAUAGUAAACUGCAAUGCCACAAAACACUUAGUAUAUCUCAAACUACGUGUACAGGAUUUCAAGACACUUUCAACUGUUCUCAUCAUUAAUAAAUAUCUGCCAAAGUUGUUGUGGCUUGAAGUAAAGAUUGAUUACCCAAUCCUUAAAGGAGACAUAGAGGGUCUACCAUGCACCACUGUGCCAAUGCUAGACGUGUAUAUUCAAAACAUAAACGAUAAAAGUGUCUCUAAAUUGGCAAACCUUUUGGGCAGCAUGCACAUCCGUUACACAGGCAUUCAUCUAGAGAACACCUCUCUCACCCCAGAGGGACUAUUUGUCCUUCUCAAGCAGCUGCAGAAGAGAAACAUAUGCCUGUAUUCAGAACCGGAAGCAAGAGACAAAUUCAGAAAGUGGUACUAUCCGCAGUUCUACAAUAUGGGUCAGUCAGAAGUGCUAACAGAUGAAAUGGCUGAGGAGGCACUUGGUUUCGACGACAGAAUAUAUUAUAGUAACCAUUUUGUGGAUUCUUCUUGCUUUGCUCUGGCCUUGGAUGCAUGGAAUCUCACAUCAUACUUGGAAGAGCAAGAAGAAAUCCUUCACUUCACAUAUAAAACAGAAAACUUGUCUUUUAUCAAGGGACUCAAUGGUACUGUUGAUAUUGAGGUUAACAAAAAAGAUGAGACUUGAUGAGUUUCUCUCUCUCUCUCUCUCUCUCUCUCUCUCUCUCUCUCUCUCUCUCUCUCUCUCUCUCUCUCUCUCUCUCUCUCUCUCUCUCUCUCUCUCUCUCUCUCUCUCUCUUUUCUUCAUUACUUCUGCCCCAUGUGAUUCCAGCAAUAUAUGCUAUUUCUCUCUCCCUCACUUUCACCCUAAUCUGCCUUACCCUACCCUACCUUGCCCUGUCCCCUUCCCUUCCCUUC